GAGCGGAUGUCUGACGGGAGAGUCGCCUAACUGGUUGCCUUGCUGACAUCGGAUGUUCGUUUCUCCGCGCCAAUAAUCAAUCAAUCUCAACCCCUCCUCUCACGAAAGUGUUCCCGAGCUGGGCCACUGCUUGUGGCGCUGUUCAGUUGAGUGACGGCUCUGAAAGUGCAUAUGAAUUUUGCUCUUGAUUAGUUAUAGAAUAUCGGCUCGAAAUGCCACAAAUAGAGUUAAUGAGCCUGCCCCCAGAGCUUCUCCUGCAAGUAUUUGGCCCCGUUGGCGCCAAGUCCUUCCGACAGGACCUGGGCCGUCUCACAGUGUCGAGGCACUGGUACAGCUAUGCCUGGCCGGUUCUCGUCGGCGACAUUCGGCUGACGGCGGCGUCGCUCCUCCAGUUCACUACCGACGAGACAGGUUUGCAUUGUAUGGGCGGAAGGAGCGAGAGGAGAUGCUAUUGGAUGAUAUUCCACAACGCUUCUAUGGGAGAAAAUAUUGGACACGGCCGUGAGGGGUCGACAAAAUAUAUCCCUCUGCAUUCAUCAUGUAACUUCUCAUCAUGGAAUUAACACGUACCUGGCUCGGGAUGAUUUGGGGGCGGGAGAGAAAGUAGCAC